AGUGGCAAACAACGGUGAGCUGGUUUAUCAUGUAUAGUGCCGCGAAAGAAAAGAAAAAAACAUUCUCCAAGUUUCUACAGUCUUCUAGAGCUGCUGCACCAAAAACACCUGCUGUGUACAGUCAGGUUCACUGUUUACCGAAUCGCACAGUUGCAAUUUCGCUGCUUUUGUACGAUAUUAAUGCUGUCAGACCGCUUUAGUUGUUGACUGUGGGCCACUCACAGUGAUCAUUUAGCAACCAACUCAUCACAUACACCAAAUAACGAUCUGAGACCACCCUGUAAAGCUACGCAGUUCCGGUUAAACGUCAAUUUUGGGCUUGUGUUUAGGACCAGAGCACACUGACCGGACUGACUGAUCUACUACAGAAGCGGAUCAUUCGAGGAUAUUUGUUGAUAGCUGCUGUAUGAGGGAUUCAAGACCUUCCCCUCCUCUAGCAAUAAUCUAGAAGGCAUGCACAUCAUAUAAACAACUGUGCAGGUCGUUUGGUAAUGUAGUACUGUUUUUCACCUGCUUACAGUAGAUUUAGGUAAAGAGCUUAUUUUGUAGUUAGCAGAGCCCCUUGAGAAGUCUCGGAUCUUGCUGUACUACCAUAGAACAAUUAUCUCAUUCUUUUGCUAUUUCAUUUCAGGGAACAAUUUACAGUAAUGUCUUUUAUAAUUGAUUGGUUGUACAGAGGAUUCAGCAGUGUGUUACAAUUAUUAGGAUUAUAUAAAAAGAGUGGGAAGUUAGUUUUUCUUGGAUUAGACAAUGCUGGAAAAACAACGUUAUUACACAUGCUUAAAGAUGAUCGACUUGGGCAGCACGUUCCAACACUUCACCCUACAUCCGAAGAACUGAGUAUUGCUGGUAUGACUUUCACAACAUUUGACCUGGGAGGUCACGCUCAAGCGAGAAGAGUUUGGAAGAAUUAUCUUCCAGCAAUAAAUGGAGUAGUCUACAUUGUUGAUUGUGCUGACCAUGAACGCCUAAUAGAAGCCAAAAUUGAACUGGAUGCCCUCUUAACUGAUGAAACAAUCUCCAAUGUGCCAAUUCUUAUUUUGGGGAAUAAAAUCGACCGUCCAGAAGCAAUUAGUGAGGAUGCAUUAAGAGGAAUGUUUGGUCUUUGUGGACACACCACUGGAAAGGGGAAUGUAUCGCUAAAAGAACUCAACCUGAGGCCAGUGGAAGUCUUUAUGUGCAGUGUGUUGAAGAGACAAGGAUAUGGGGAAGGCUUUCGAUGGCUUUCUCAGUAUAUUGAUUAACAUAAUUAAUGCUACUGGACAAUUUAUGAAUCCAAAACUCAUGUGCCCUUAUUUAUUGAUUAUGUACCUUGUAAAAAAACUAUAGUAACCAGGGGUGUUAUAUAUUUUGUUAUCUGUUUAUUUAAAUCAAGCACUUUUAUUCAGGUGAAUAUCACUUGUGCUGUGAUACAUUUUGAUGAUGUCAAAAUCAUCAGAUGAAACAAAAUCAGUGUUUUGUCUUUACGUUACAUUAUCUCUGUGCCUUAAUGCUGGUUGCUGGUGGUCUUUUACAAUACACUUUUCAGUGGUAUUUUCCUAGUUCCGUAUUUUCCACCUGCUGAUAGGAAAAAACAUGAAGUGAUAAGGUGUGGAUUGCCACUGUAUGCAUGGUUAUCAAAAUUACCAAAGAUUUUAAAUGAAAUAUUUAUUUGUAUCUAAUAUUUAAAAUUACAAAUGUUUGAUAUUUACAUGUAGUAUUUUGAUACUUUUAAAAUCGUUCUGAUGUAGCACUCUUCAACUCCAGCAAUGUGUCUACAAUGGUCUGUUUCAGCACUAGUCUACCUGAUUAAUCUGUGCAAUAAGUACUUUUUGACUGUCUGCUGUGAUUUAUUUGCAGUUAUGGCAUGCGAGUACAAAGGAUAAAGGCUUCCUUUACUUAAUAGAAAUGAUGCCUGUGCAAUACAAUGUGUCAUAUUACUAAGUCACUUUUACUUCUACCUGUAAAUAGGCUUAUGAGAAAGAAUUGGGGGUUUGAAUGCUGUUAAUCAGUUGGAAUUGCCAAUUAUGUACAUGCCACUUGUAGCACAACAUUUAUGCAAUGUUUUUUGAAGUAGGCAAUAAAAUUAAAUAUUUUGAAAUAUU